AUACUGGGAUAUAGUUCCCUUUAACAAAAGCCACAUCUUUUCCAAAAAUACGCUCCUUCCAAAAAAACACAUAUAUACAAAACAAACAGUUGUGUAUAAAUUAUGCCCUUUAAAGCUCAGAAGAAAACAAAGCGCAUAUUUAGAUAAUUUUGAUUAUGAACCAGCAGGUUAGUGGUGGUGAUGGAGAUGAAGAAAGCAGAGGAGGAAGAUGGUGGAAAAGAAUGUUGGACAUGGAAGAAGCAAAGAAACAAGUGCUAUUUGCUUUGCCAAUGAUACUUACUAACGUUUUCUAUUAUGGUAUCCCUCUGGUUUCGGUUAUGUUCGCCGGCCACCUUGGUGAGCUUCAGCUUGCUGGUGCUACCCUUUCCAAUUCUUGGGCCUCUGUCUCCGGCUAUAGUUUCAUGGUUGGGUUAAGUGGAGCUCUAGAGACCCUUUGUGGGCAAGGAUUUGGUGCAAAUCAAUACAAUAUGUUGGGGAUAUAUCUGCAAGCAUCUAGCAUCAUAUCCUUCAUCUUCUCUAUCAUCAUCUCCAUCCUCUGGUUCAAUACAGAGUCCAUUAUGAUUCUUCUUCAUCUAGAUCCACAAAUUUCCAAGACUGCUUCUGUCUAUGCAAAACUUCUGAUUCCAGGCUUAUUUGCCUAUGGCUUCCUACAGAACAUCUUGAGGUCUUUUCAGACGCAAUCAGUAGUCAUGCCUCUGGUUGUCCUCUCGUUGCCUCCUUUGGUGUUUCAUAUUGGCAUCACGUAUAUUUUGGUCCAUAUGACAUCACUUGGUUUCAAGGGUGCUCCAAUGGCUGCUUCAAUUUCAUUGUGGAUGUCAGUCCUUAUGUUGGUCAUGUAUGUAGCCUUUUCAAAGGAGUUCAAAAAUACAUGGAAAGGACUUUCAUCGGAAUCAUUUGAUUACUUUUUUACAACUUUAAAACUUGCUCUGCCCUCUGCAGCUAUGAUAUGUUUGGAGGGCUGGUCUUUUGAGAUUUUGGUGUUCUUGGCCGGAUUGAUGCCAGACAAAAAACAAUCUACUUCAUUAAUCGCAAUUUGUGUGCACACAGAAACAGUUGCUUACAUGAUCAUAUACGGCCUCAGCGCUGCAUCUAGCACGAGGGUAGCAAAUGAGUUAGGAGCAGGAAAACCUAAGCAAGCUAAGAAUGCAAUGGCUGUCUCACUCAAGCUCUGCUUGAUUCUUGCUUUGGCUAUUGUUUUGGCUCUUGUAUUUGGUCAUAAUAUAUGGGCUGGUUUUUUCAGUGACAGCUCUGCAAUAAUAAAGAAAUUUGCUUCCAUGACAACCCUACUUGCAAUUUCAAUAGUUCUUGAUUGUGUUCAAGGUGUAUUAUCAGGAGUGGCCAGAGGAUGUGGUUGGCAGCAAAUAGCUGUGUAUGUAAAUUUGGCAUCAUUCUAUAUAAUUGGCAUGACUAUUGCAAUCCUUCUUGGGUUUAAGUUCAAUCUACAUGCCAAGGGUUUGUGGAUUGGAUUGAUUUGUGGUCUCUCAUGUCAAGCUGCCACACUUUUAGUCAUAACAUUGCGUACAAAAUGGACCAAAUUGGAUAUAUCUGCAAAUGUAGAUAAAGAAAAUUCACUUUCGGUUUAAAUGAAUGUGGAUUUAUAUAUAUAUAUAUAUAUAUAUAUAUAGUGAUAAACAAAAUUCAGAAAAUUGAAGGAAUGAUUUCUCAGGGAGCAUAUACGGGUGACUUUUUUUUUUUUUUUUUUUUUGGGUUAUGUAAAAGGGGAAAAAAAAAAAAAGGCAAAAAUUAGUUCCAAUUUUCAAACUUUUAAAGAACCAAACAUUACGAGGUUCUUAAUUGCAGUCUUGUAAUUUUCCUUCAUACCAACAUCUUCUCUCUUCCAAAAAGAAAUAUGAGACAAAAAUAUUCUAAUUGAAAAUGCUUAUUUUAAGUUGUUUUCUGGUUGAUGU